CACGUGCCGCUUACGCAGUUCGUGGCUGCGCUGUCGCGAGGACGGACGAGCUGCUCUUGUAUCUGUCGUCACUCCGGUUCCGCGAGGGCUUCGGUUGCGCCCGAUUUCGGCGAGUACGUAAGCGUGAAACGUCGUCGUUCGGUCGAAGGAAGUGAGAGAGAAAGAGAGAGAGACAGGGAGGAGCAGACGUUAGCCGAGCUCGUCGACGUACGUCGCAAGAUGUUUUCCGGUCUGACGAAUCAGGUGUCCAAUUGGAUGGGCAAGAAGCCCGAGAACGGCGGCGACGAGGCGACACCCGACAUGCCCAAACCCGCCUCCCCGGACGUCGAGAUCCCCGGCGGGGAUCUCGAGAAAAAGAACAAUACCAGUCCGAAAGGCAAUAAAUUGGAGAUGUUCGCCGGAGUAAAGAAUCAAAUGUCCGGCUGGUUGAGCGGAGGUAUACCCGGGUUAAGUCGUGGCGCCGGGGCUGCCGAGGGUGAAGCCCCGCCGCCGGGCGAGACAGAAGAAAGUCAGCCUCAAGAAAGCGAGGCUCCUGUCGGCAGCGAGCAAAUUAAGGAUGACGAUGCGAGCAGUGCAACCGGUGGGGCGGACAGCGGUCCUGCGAGUUUAGAGGGUACCCCGACUGACGACAAGAAUGGACAACAGGCUUUCGGCGCCGUUUCCACGAAGGCACUGGCUGGUGCGAAGAGUCUCGGCGGGUUCUUGUACAGCGCCGUGAACAAGGCCGGGAAGACCGUCGUAGAGGCCAGCGCGAAGAUCAAGAAAACCGUCGAAGAGAAUAGGCUGAUUGCUGAACUUAAUAAGGAACAGGAGGCUUUCAUCGCCAGCAAGCAGACAGGCGAGAAGGGCGAGGCUGUUGCACCAUGGGUCGGUGCGCCGAACGAGGACGCGUUGCGUGAGGAGUGCCUGUCCCUCUCGACCGAUCGACGUAAUUUCGUGAGAGCACCACCACCAGGCGUAGAAUUCGCUUGGGAUUUCGAGGCCGUUCAGCCAAUGGCACAGGCCACCCUUGCCCUGGAUCCGAAUCUUGAAGCUAUGAGGUUCGAGCUUGUCCCGAAAGUCAUAUCUGAGGAGAACUUCUGGCGCAACUACUUCUAUCGGGUGUCCUUGCUGCGUCAGGGCUAUGAGUUGAACGCGAUGGCCAGCCAACAGCAAGCGGAAAGCAACCCCAAUCAAACGCUCGCCAGCUCCGACAGCAUCGAUCAUACUCAAGUUCAAAUGACCACUGGCCAGACAACCACCACCGGCGUCACGACGACGAGCAGUAACAGCGCGCUGGCCGAUUCGCCAGGUCACGAGUUCGUAUCCGAUACCAUGAGGGUCUCGGACACAGACCUCGAGGAGGUCCGAGAGGGAAUGAAAAAACUGGGGAUGCAACCGCCGAAAGCCUAAAAGAAGAGGAGAGUGCCCCCCAAAUGCCAUUAUCCAAAGCACACCCCCUCAGAGAUAUACAUGCUUCCCACUCUCGAAAACUGACAAUUUCAGUUCUUGCGAUACUGAGACCUCUCCUCGCGUCUGUUUUUCUACCCCGUUCCCAUUUCCGUCUCUCUCCCCUUUUUUCUUUCUCUCUUUUUCUUGUCCUCUUUUAUUCUUCGUUCCUGUUACGUUCGAUCGCGAAACCACCUUCCCCGACACGAACGUUUCCACGGGACGAACAGCGUGUUCCUUUUUCGCGGAUAUUUGUUCCGUUUCCGAUCGUCGGCAGCCCACGCGAUUUCGUGCCAGUCGCAAGGAUCAGCUCGAUUAAACGCGACGUCGAGUACGAACUCGGCGAGGAAGUCAUCGUGCAAAAUGUGGAACGCCUCCUCACCUUUUAUAACUUCAGAACGCAACGGACGCGUGUAAGAAACAGCAAAGUCGAUUUGAGAAUAUUAUAGACUGUCGAGUCCGUCAUUGAAAACAUAAAUUUAUGAUGUAAUUAGCGCAGUGAGGAGACAAAUUUUCACCAAGUAGCGUUUUUCAGGCUCUCUAAUUUUAACACUGUCGUUAGCGACUAUUUACACGAAAAAGAAAACGUUAGUUGCAGCAUCAAGAACCUGUGUGUAGCUAAAUUUUGGUUAUACACAACUAAAAUUUAACUACCAUACACGGAUUCUUACUUUUCACGUGAAGGAGGGUUGAAAUGUCUUGAGCGGGCACUGGAAGCAUUUUUAUAUUUUAAUCAAGAGCAUAUCUCGAGCUCUCGUCGUAGACGAAGAGACGAGCUAUUAUUGGCUCGUCGGGAUAAGUUCGAUACGUUUCCGCUCGAUCCUUGCGAUCUGUUUAGAUCCACUUGUCACGGUGCAUCGGUGGAUGCUUAGCUCCGACGAGACAAGCUUGCAAUCAGCGCACAUUCGUUGUAAUGCGUGUCACAACGGGAUUAAGCAGAGAGAAACGUACAUGUAUACUGCUGCGUGAUUGUGGCGUGAAUAUCAUCUUUGUUGUAACUGUCACACUGCGAGGUCAUUGCACCGAUUAAACGCCAUUAAACGCUAAUACCUGAAUCAGCAAUGAGAAGACGAGAUGAUUCACGUCACAAACAGCCGAUGAUGAGGAAUCGAGAAUUGAUGUGGGCAACGAAACGCUGGCAAACAGCCUCGGGGCCGAGCAAAAAUUCUCGAGAAAGAAGGAAGAGUGUUGUAUAUAAACGUGGGAUACUCGCGAUUCUAAUUUCGAAAAUAUUCUACUCGAUAUGAAUAUUCAAAAUUGAAAAAAUAUAUUACUUUUAGGAUUUAUUUUGAACAUUUAUGUCGAGCAGACGUGUCUGAAAUUUUGCCCGGCCCCGAAAAUUUUGCGAGAGGCAGAAAAUCGAAGAUGAAAACGCCGGCGGAAAGGAAAAAGUAAGCGUAGAUAAACAAAAGGUCGUCACGUCGAAAUAUUGUGCGCACAUAUGCGAAUAUAAUGAAUAAAACAGAUGGAAACACAACAAUAAAGGGGAGGGGGGGGUUCCGCGAGAGAACGAAGAACGAGAAAGAAAAUAUCGAAACGUACACACACACAAUCGGAAUGAUAGCAAAAAAGAUAUUCGGCUACGUGUCUGUAUGUUUGACCGUUUUGCUGUUAUCUCUCCCUCUCUCUUGUAUCAAUUCCAAUUAAAUCUAGCCUGUUCUCGAUUCUCUCCGUGUCUUUGUAAAGCAUAAUAACUAAACGCAGAACACGACCGAGUAAAAAUCAACAAAUCGGGAAGUAUAACGCAGUUAUUGAUGAAUAACGCAAGAGUUGCGCAAACUGCAAACUUAAAUUAUAGGUAUAUCUUCAUAAGAGAUUAAUUAAAUGGAGACCUAAGGAAAAUAAAAGAGAAAUAUAUGUAUAAAUAUAUAUAUAUAUAUAUAUAUAUAUAUAUAUAUAUAUAUACUAUUGCUAAAUAAAAUAUAAAGACGGUGGCGCGAUAUUUCUUAAUCCGAAAUCUUUCCCCGUGAUCUUCUUCGUGAUAUCGCACGUGUGUCCCCUAACGAGAAAUCAGGUCGCUUGCAAGAGAAAAUCCGCAGGCUCUCGCGAAACAUACAAUAGAUGUAAAAAAAAAAAAUCCUAAAUUACGGGACGAGAGACGAUUUCGCCGAGACCCGGUGAUUAUCGGUGGAGGGCGUUCGGAUUUUUAUCCCGCCGCUGUAAAAUUCGUUGAAUGACAAUACGUGUUUUACCGAGAAACGAGUUAUAAUGCCGCUGGUGUCCCGGUGCUCUCGUGGGUGGUGUAGCUAUUGUAGCGAUUUUCUUUCGAUACGAAAACAGCGGCUGGUCGGGGCGGGGGAAGGGGUGCGAUCCGUUUUUACGCAGUAUCCGAUUGUCCGCCGGGAGAAAGAUAGACCGAGAUAAAUUAAUUACGCCCGCGCGAAGUUUUUUAACACGGACGUCAAACGAUUGAGUAAAACGAUUGGCGUAAACGCGUCCGACGAACGAUUGUUGUUGCGCAUCUACCGCGAGAGAUGCGUUUUAAAGCCUCCCCUCCGAAAAGAGAGACAAAGUGGAUGUGCUUUUGCGAUUGGAUAAAAUCUCAUCGCCCACGGCGAUGCGAAAUUGCCUGUUCUGAAUUAUCGAAGUAGCGUUAAGAAUUCUGUAAGAUCUUCUUUCAAGAGUUGGUAUCGCAGAGAACAUCGACAUUUAGCAGUAUUACGACAGUCAAAUAGAUCGUUUCAUUUGAUUGCGUUUGAAUUUUGUACGUACUUUUUAUAGUAUUUUAUUAAUGAAAUAAGCAAACUUGAUUCUUAUUUAUUUUGUUAUAGUUGAAACGAUUAUGUACAUUCCAUAUGUAUUGUUUAAUUCACGAUAUGCUGCAUCGCUUUUUUUUAUUUUUACACUUAUAUUGAAGCUGACUAGAAGAUAAAAGAAUUCGUAGACGCGGCAUAGAUUAUCGUGAAGUAAAAUAGUAGGAGAUACGAUUUUGUAUGGCAUUUAUAUUUUACCUGAUUUUUUUUAUUUUUUAUUUUUUUAUUUUAGUACAGUAAGCGUAGUUUUACAGAAAAGGGACGUAGAUUUUCGUAAAAACGCGCACGAAAAUAUCGGAUUAUCCGCUUUCGUUUCGCGCAGUCUGAUAAAAGUCUGCGACAACUGAAUUAUGGCUUUCGGUUCUCGCGCGGUGCGCAACUUUUUCCCUCCGCACGACUUUUCCGCGUCGAAGAUAUCGAGAUUGUCGCAGUUCAACGUCGGACGCACGUAAGAACGAAUCGAUAGACGGAGAGCAAACGUUUUGCAAAGCAUUUUCAGUAUUUCAUGCCUCUCGAAGGAGAAAAACGCGGGAGACGGCCGUCGCCCUGUUCCUUCCUUUCAUUUACUUUCCUUAGAGAUGGCUGCAUCCAGAUACGUUUAAGCUGCGUCUUGGGAUCAUCCACGAGCUCGAUUUAACUGUUGGAGCGUAACACGGGGAUAAGACGGGCGAUACGACUGGGAAAUACUCCGCAAGUGAAUAUUAUUUAAAUUAAGCAUUUUCAUAGGGGCCGCAUUAUUUAUUGACGCCUAUUACUAUAAUAGUUUAUUUCCGCACGAUUUUUAAACGUACGCACGGUAAUAUUAAAUAAUUUCGCGCCUGAACGACGAAUUACUUUAGCGCGACGGUGUCCAAGAGCUGUGUUUGAACUAGCGCGACUGUAACAAAAAAAAAUCGUAUUUGCGUUAUUAACAAUUUUAUAUAAAAUUUUAUUCGGGCAAACUUCAAUUUUAUUCGUCGAAAAUUAAAUCUUUUUGAUAUUUUUUAUUUCGGUUGUUUUUUCAGCGAUUCUCUCGGAGGCUCUAAUAUUACUUGCUCUUUGACACUUUAUUUCGGUACGUGUGUAUAUGAAAUAUUUAUUUUGUCGUUUUAUAACUUUAUAUUUGUCUCAAGCACGGCUUUGGGCACUGUUGGCUCAGAGCGCAACGAGGAUUAAUUCUCGCGACAGCGCACCUCACGGAUAAUCGCGUUCCCGAAGUAUUUAAGUCGUGAUAUCCCGAUUAAUUACUUUUGUAAUUGUGAGUCAGUCACUUUUGUAACGAGUACGUGUUAAGCGAAACGUGAUUAAGUUUAGCUACUCCUUCCGGCAAUUCGCUGUAAUUUCCAAAGAGUUAUAUAUAAUCGGUGAUGGUGUGAUAAGACGUCGUCGUCGUCGUCGUCGUUGUCGUCGUCGUCGUCGUCGUCGUCGUCGUUGUCGUCGUCGUCGUCGUCGUCGUCGUCGUCCGCAAGACGUGUAAGCGCAGACAGGAUAGGAAAAAGCACACGAUCGCAAUCGCGUCGUUCUCGAUAACCGUGUAAUAUCUCUUCUUUCUCUUUCUCUAUCUCAAGCUAUACUAACAUAUCCUUGUCUUUAACGCGCUUAACGAACCGAAUUUAGAGCGAAAGCUUUCGAAACAUAAAUGUCGAAGCCUUUCCCUCUUUCUUCCAUUGCGCUCUCGUGUUCUCAUUUCCCGUCCCUUUGAUUUUCUCCAGUUCUGUAAUUUGAGUUUUGCCCCUUCAAUCCUAAUACUUUUACACUUUACACGAACACACACACACACACACACACACACACACACACACACACACACACACACACAUAGACACACUUUGUACACGUAAAAUGAUUUCCGUGCACAAGAAACUCAGAUAUUCAGCGUGGAAACACAAACAGACGAAACAGACAG